AUGGUGGAUGAUGUUGUGAUGCACACACUGUCGGUGAGAGAGAACUUAUGGUUCUCAGCAGCUCUUCGGCUUCCAACAACUAUGACAAAACAGGAAAAGAAGGAGAGGAUCAACAACAUCAUUAAAGAGUUAGAUCUGGAGAAAGUGGCAGAUUCCAAGGUGGAAUCUAAAGGAGAAAGAAAAAAGACUAGUAUAGGAAUGGAGCUGAUCCUCAAUCCUCGCAUCUUGUUCCUGGAUGAACCCACAACUGGCUUAGAUGGGAGAACAGCUAAUGAUGUCUUCACACUUCUAAAAAGGAUUUCUCAGCAGGGGAGAACAAUUAUCUUCACCAUCCAUCAUCCUUGCUAUUCCAUCUUCAGGCUGUUUGACAGUCUUACCAUAUUGGCCUCAGGAGAACUAAUGUAUCACGGUCCUGCCCAGAAGGCUUUGGAGUACUUCCAAUCAGCAGGCUUGGUCAGGAAGGAGAUCCCCUAUGUCACUUCCUUCGUCCAUCAGCUCAUUGGCCUCAACAGGCGUUCAUUCCAAAAUUUUACGGGUAAUCCUCAGUACUGGGCAACUUUGAUAAUUUCUACAUUUGUUGUGGGACUGGUUACAGGUGUCAUGUUCAUUUUGCUGAGGGAUAUUUGUUCUGAAAUCCACAAUAGAGCACUGAUGCUCUUCUACCUAAUGUCCUACCAGUGUGGCUUCAGCAAAUGGACGGUGCAGCACUUUGUGCUCCAGAAAAAGCGUUUUGUACAUGAGUCCUCCAGUGGGUAUUACAGAGUGUCAUCUUAUUUCUUUGGAAGUCUUUUGUCUGAUCUACUACUUGAGAUGUUCUUGACAAGUUUUGUAUGUAUUUGUACACUAUACUUCAUAGUCGUAUCCAAGCCAGGAGUAGAGACUUUCUUCAUCAUGUUCUUAACCCUCUUGGCGUUGGGUUUUUCAUCCAUUUCCAUUACCCUGGCCAUAGUAGCAGGACACACUGACGGAAAUACUGCAAUGCGUAUCACGGACUCCUAUUUUACAUUUAUGAUGAUUCUUUUGGGUCUGUCAUUGUAUUUUGGAACCAGGACAACUCAAUUCUCAUGGGUUCAGUACUUCAGCAUUCCUUAUUAUGGCUUUAUGGCUUUGCAGCAUAAUGAGUUUUUGGGAAGAAACUUUUGUCCAUCACUCAAUAUAACAAAUGGCAAUAACUAUCCUGACUAUGUAAUAUGUUUUGGUGAAGAAUUCUUGUUAAUGCAGGACAUGGAUCUCUCAUCUUGGGGCUUAUGGAAGAAUCAUGUGGCUUUGAAUAUUCUGAUAUUUAUCUUUCUCAUAAUUGCCUACGUAAGAAUGUUAUACCUUGAAAGAAAUUCUUAGAUUUCACUUUCAUUUACUGCAAAUUAUUUUCACAUUUAAAAAGCACACUAAUUUACUUUAAGUAUCUAAUCUAUUUUGUCUUUUGAUCAGGAACAAUUAUUUUCAACAGAAAAUCAGAAAACAACAAACUGAAUUAUGCAUCAAAGAACAAAAACCAAAAUCUAAUGAUAUUUCAUAUUGUAAUGAUUUAUCUUACCAGAAUGUAAACAUUAGGAAGAAUUCAGGCUAAUUUAUUGACCUGAAAAAAGAGAACUUGUCUCUAGAAACUCAUAACAACUUUCCAUUUACUCUGGCAUUAAGUUCCCCAUGUACAAAAUGAGUAGACAGGUUAUUAGCCCUCCAGUUUAAAUAGUCUGUGAAUCUACCAUUAAAUAUGAUCUGACAUUAAAUAAAUAAAAUGUGUAAAUGUUGUAUUAGAAAUAUGAAACUUGAAUUAUUCUGGAAAAUCAGUGCUUCUUCUAGAGUAAAAAAAAUUCAUGAAGAUAAAAAAAAUCACGUCUUGGAUAAGGUAAUGGAAGGUGCUGAACUUACAGAUAUCCUCUAGUGGAAUUGUAAAGGUUUAGGGAUCUUAACUGGAACCCUUGGGCUGCAGGUGGAAUUGAGGGCCAGGGUCUGGGGAUGAGGCUCUUGUGCCAUUUCUGGAACAUUCUGCCUCUAAACACUCACUUCAUCUCCUUACAUGUAUCAGUGGUAUAUAAUCUGGCUGCAUCAGAAUCUCCUGAGAGCUUUGCUAAGACACAGAUGUCAGGUCCUGCCCCUCCCACUACAGGAGUACCUGCAGAGGUGCCUCCAUGAAGAACUUGUCAGGGCUGAUUGUGACCCUUUCCAAUGUUCUUUCAGCUCUGAAAAUUUUAUGCUUAUGGUUUAAUAACUUGGAGAUCUAAACAAGAUCUCCCCAACAUUUGUACACUGAAUUUAUUUCAUUUUUUCUCCCUUAAUUCUUUACUUGUAGUAGAGAACUAUUUACCAGUACUAUGAAUGUAUCUUUAAAACUUAUCUUUUAUUGAAGGAAAAUGUAACAAAAAGUACAGUUCAUUGAGUUAGUAUCAAAAUAAGGCACAUGUGUAGCCACCAGUCCAGGUCAAGAAUUAGAAUGUAACCAGCACAGAAUACUCUGCAUGCACCUUCCCAGUCACUGCAUCCUCUUCUUUCCAUGGGAGGCUUUUGAAAUGAUCCAUGUAUGUUCCCCUCUCUUGUUAUCAGAACAUCACUGCUGCUCAGGUUUGUGGGUUAUUUGUUUGUUUGAUUGUUUUUUGUGCAGAGGCACAUUCUUAAGUCUCUCUUACAUUUUUAAUAAGCUUUUAAUAUUUAAAUAAUUUUAUAUUUAUAGAAAAGCUGCAAAGAUAGUGUGAAAAUUUCCCCAUGUGACCUUUGCCCAGAUUCCCUUAAUGUUCACUUUUUAUAUUCCAAGCUUCACCAGUCAAAGAUCAGAAAUGAACCUUGAAACAUCCUUGUUGAUCAAACUGCACAGUUGCUUCAGAUUACACCAUAUUUUUUUCACAAAUAUUAUUUUAUUGUUCUGGAAUCCAAUUCAGGACUCACAAUGUGUCUGGCUCCCCUUUUCAGAAGGAAAUAUAGGAAUGAUGGGAUCUAAGAAAUUGCCAGAUGUAGACCCCUGCUACUGUGGUGUUUUGGAACAUCAUUUAGUCACCACUGAAUACCUUGACAUACUGCUGCAAUGUCAAUCUAGGGACAUGGCUGUUGAUGUUUAUAUUUUCUUUAAAUAAUAUUAUUUAUUUUUAUAAAAUUUGACUAAUGCAUCUUAUAACAUUAUUUUACCAGGUUAUUAUGUAGAUAUCAAGGUCAAUUAAUUUUUUUCUAUUUUUGGUAGAAUUUUUCCUCUAUCUAUAUGAUAGAGUUCUCUAUAUUACACAUUUCAUUAAACAAAAAGGAAUACAUAUCCAUGUUUAUAUACAAUGUACACUGGCCAGUUUAUAAAACAGCCCAAAUUAUCAAUAUCUUCUUUUAAAAUUAUUAACCAUUAAAGUGGACCAUAUCUUAUUUAUUCUUUGCACUAUAAUUGCCUUUUAAUGUACUUUUUAUUGUGGCAACAAACACACAACAGAAUUAUCAUCUUGUUACCUUUUAAUUGAAGGAACAUUAACAAAAUGUGAGUUAAUUUUUCAUAAGCUGAAAAAUAAAAUAUUAGUUUAUAGACAUUUACUUAAGAACAUGUAUGUAUACAUAUGUAAUUUACUUUUUUUCCUUGGAUGUCAGAACUAAUGUAUAAUGGAAGGGAACCAAUCUGUUAUGCAGAAAUAAAUGAAAUGUCAGUUGA